UAUCUGUAUUAUAUAGGACCCGUAUUAUAUAUUCUUUACUUACUUUCUUUUCAAUUCUCUCAAAGAAGAUGGAAUUAUCCACAUUAUUAUUUACAUUAAUUUCUGUUGUAAUAGUCUAUAUUAUCUUCAAUCAACGUAAAAAAUCACAAUUUCCAAAUAAAUGUAUUUCUCUUCCAGGACCAAAACCACUUCCGAUUAUUGGAAAUUUACAUCAAAUCAAGGAUGUACCAAUGCAAAAUUUUAUUGACAGAUUUUCUAAAGAAUAUGGUCCAAUAUUUAAAGUUCAUUAUGGAGCGGAAACUUGGAUUAUAUUAAAUGAUUAUGAGAUUAUAAGAGAUUUGCUUGUGAAACGUGGUGCUAUUUAUUCCUCAAGACCCUAUAAUGAAGCUAUUACAGGAAUUUAUACUAGUGGUGGAAAAUCUAUAGGAUUUUCUCCGUACGGAAAAUAUUGGAGAGCUAUGCGUGCAGUAGCACAUCAAGCACUUACUCAAAAGGUUGUCGAUAAUAAUUAUCGUAAUAUUAUUCAAACAGAAGUAAAAGAUCUCAUGAUAAAAUUGUUCAAUCAUUCUUCAAAAGUUUUUGAUCCAACCGAUGAUAUGAGAUCAAGUUUAAUAGAUUUACUUGCCACAAUAUCUUAUGGGCAAAAAUCAGAAAAAUUAUCACAACAAAUAAAACAAAUGUUUGUCGGAUUUGCUCAAGUCUUAAAUCCAGGAAAUUCUUAUUUUGAAAUGUUUCCAUGGAUAAAAUAUAUUCCAUUUAUAGAUAAAAUAUUGUAUUCCUACGCUUAUAAAGCAAAAUAUUUACUUGAUGAUAUGUCUAAACAAUUAUUAGAAGAUUUACGUCAAAGACUUAAAGAAAAUGAUGGAGAAGAAAAUAGUUUUGCUGCUCAUGUAUUAAAGAAUAUGAAUAUUUCUACUGAUAUUGCUACAAAACCUUAUGAAGAUUCUUUGGAAAAUGAUGAUGAUGAUUCAAAAAAAAAUUUUGUUUUUGAUGAAGUGGAUUUUAUGGGUCUGAAUAAUGCUUUUUUAGUCGCUGGUACAGGUACUACAGUUGCUGCUUUACGUUGGAUCUGGGCUCUUCUUGUAAAUCAUCCCGAAGUGCAACGAAAGAUUCAAAAAGAAUUGGAUGAAUGUCUUCAAGGAAAUCGUUUUCCAACUCCUGAAGAUGAUUCAAAUUUACCUUACCUUCUUGCAACCAUUAAAGAAAGCUUUUUACUUUUAUUAAUUAAUUGCGCCAGGCCAGCAUUAAAUUUAUUAUUGAAACAUUCAACAACAAAAGAUGAUAUAUAUAGAGGUUAUUACAUUCCAGAAAAAUCUGUCAUAAUUGCAAGUUUUAAAUCUGCUCAUACAAGUGAAAAACUUUUCGAACGCCCAAAUGAAUUUUAUCCUGAACAUUAUCUUGACGAAAAUGGAAAACUUAAAAAAUAUGAUGAAUUAAGAGAUCCUUGGGCUUUUGGCAGAGGAAGAAGGAUGUGCGUAGGUCUACAUCUUGCUGAAAGAAAUUUAAUUACAACUGUUGGUUAUGUACUUACUUUAUUUAAUAUCGAAAAUGAUGUUGAUCCAAUUACUCAAAAACCUAUUAAAUUGGAUUUAAAUUAUGUUGAAAAUAAAUUUCCUAAACCUUAUAAAUUAAGAUUUGUUCCUAGACCUGGUGUUACGAUCGAGAAGAUCAUGCAGAUGAAAUGAUUCAUAGAUUUAAUAAUAAUAAUACUUAGAGUUUAUUUCUUAUUAGUAGUAUGCAAAGUAGUAUGCAAAUGUUUUAUUAAUACAUAAAAUAUAAAUCUAUGAUAUUUUAGAUAUUUUAGAAGUAAAUGUUUCUAGUAUUACAAUUCUUAUAAUUAAACU